GAAUGGAGCACGUUUAUUUGUCCGAGAACCACAGAACUAGUCAGGCUUUUACAGCCGCCUGCAGUUGAUCAGAUUUGUUCUCUUUAUUCCAGAAGCUAAGCUAAAAGGCAAAUAAUCCAAAACAUCAACAGUGUUUGUGUCAGAAACGUUUCGAAGUGUAUCACUCGAUUGUUAUUGCAGUUUUUUUGCACAGCCAUCUUUCUGCGUCACCAAAACGCAAACCUUUAGCUUAGCCUUAGCUUAGCGUAGCAUUAGCUUAGCCUUAGCUUAGCCUUAGCUUAGCAGCAGAGGAGCUCUGGAAGUGUUUGAUUUAGGAGUCGCACAGAACCACAACAUAACGCUUUGUCUGUUCCUUUUGUUUAUGACUUUAGUUUAAGUUGUAAAAAUGAACUCAAAGAAUCUGAAGGCUUUUCUUGAGUCGUCUUUAAACGAGAUCUUUAAGGCGACUGUGGAUAAUAUCCUGGACUCUGUAGAUCAAACCCUGGCCGAGUAUCAGGGACAAAUUCGACGGAUUACCUCAGAAAAUGAGUCUCUGAGGGAAAAACUGCGUGUUCAAGAGGCUGUUGCAUGCCAGGUGAAAACAGUGCAUGAAGAUGAUGUUGAUGCUGAUGGGGACUUAAGACCCACUUUACCUGGACAUAAGGGUCCAGGUAAAGCCUCUCAGAAACAGAGGGAUGAUCGGAGAAAAACGACAGGAAGCUCUAGGCCUGUAUUACUGAAACAAAGCCCCCUUACAACCAAAAGCGGAACGCGUCAGUUAGACAAAGGAGUGCAGAGUACAACAGUACCGUAUGUAAAGAUUGACCCAGACUUUGACGGUGACAGUAGCUUGUUAAAUCAUCAAUCCCCUGUUAACCUUACCACUAAGAUUAUUAAAGUAGAAGGGUCUGAUGAGAAUUUUUCCGAAUGUUACAUUGGAUCUCCAGCAGACCAAUCCAGAGACAGCGAUGGCGAGAUACAAGUAACCAUGGUGUCUAAUAAAUACCUGAGCAGUACUAUGAGUGAAGAUGAAGCUAGCGAUAUUGGGCACCAUGAAUCAGAGAAGUCAGCGCAGAGCAUAUCUGAGGAAGAUCUCGACGACCCAAAUGACGAUGCCGGUCUUGGUGUCUGUUUUGAUGCCGAUGUAGGACUGGCUUUGGAACCAGACAAGGGAUUUAUAGAAAUUUUUGAAUCGACAGACUCUGCAAACUCAAAAGACCUAAACGACAGCAAAACCUUCCACUGUGCACUUUGCGAUAAGAGCUUCGGUCGCAUGGCCUCGCUUAACAUACACAUGAGGACUCAUACCUCGGAGAGAGCUCACAUCUGCAGCUACUGUGGCAAGGGUUUUAGCCGCGCUGACCUUCUGAAGAACCAUCAACGCACCCACACAGGUGAGAGACCUUAUUCCUGUAACCUGUGCGGAAAGAGUUACGGUCAUCAGGGACAGCUCCGGAUCCACAAACGAACCCACACUGGUGAGAAACCAUACGCCUGCCCACAUUGCGCCAAGCGCUUUACAGAACACAACCAACUCAAAGUUCACCUCCGCACACACACUGGCGAGCGGCCAUACUCGUGCUCCGUCUGCGCUAAGACCUUCGCCAGUGCCGGCAACCUGAGGAUCCAUCUCCGGAUUCACAGUGGAGAAAAACCACAUUGUUGUAGCCAGUGCGGGAAGAGGUUCAACAGCCAAGGCGACCUCAAAACGCAUCUGCGUGUGCACACGGGUGAACGUCCGUACCAUUGCGAUCUCUGUGAAAAGACGUUCAGUCAGGCCGGCCAUCUCAGCAUCCACAUGCGUAUGCACACUGGUGAAAGGCCUUACGAAUGUAAUGUAUGCGGACGCACCUUUACCGUGGCCAGCAGCCUCAAGCUUCAUCAGCUCACCCACACCGGAGAGAAGCUUCACACCUGCGUACGCUGCGAGAAAAGCUUCAGCAGGGCCAGCCAUUUGAAAAGACACGAGCAGCUCCAUGCCAAAGAGGAAACCGUAACGAUGGAUGCUGAUCAGUCUUUGUCGCUGGAAGAUCAACCGCUUCAUGGUGGAGAUGAAGAAGAACAAAAUUUGGAAGGGAUGGAGUGAUCGAUGACCCCAGUGAUCCCCACACACUGUGGCCAGGCUAUCAACUAACUCUCCCUUGUUGGCCACUUUGUAUCGUCAAGUUUGUCAACGCCUUCACUGUCCCGUCGACUAACCGAAGGUGACUACAGCUCAGAAGACAUUUAGAUGGUGGUCUGUUCUCAGUACUGCAGAGGAUCUGGCAUUUAUAGUGUUUGGCAUAUCAGGAAUUUGCAAUCUGUGAUCUUUCACGUACCCAAGCAUUACCCAGUUUUUACUCCCUUUGCUCUCGGCCAUGCAUUGCUGCGGGGCUAUCGGGAUUCGAACUGACAAUAUGAUGGAUGAUUUUAGUAAGGAUGUUUUAAAGACUCUGUACACUUACAGUUUUUUGCAGACCCUGCCUACCUGGUUGAUCCAUCUUGAAGGUGUACAGUCGCAUAUCAAAGAGAGAUCAUCUUUACUAUUUUUGGUUCACGAUCUUGGUAAAGAAUGAGGGAGAAACUGGCAGCAGGAGAAACAUUGUUGUAUCUGAUUUGUUCAAGUCAUACCACUGAAGCCAGUGUGCUGGAAAUGAUCCACCAUCCAGAUAGUCCUGUGUUGGUCCCUUUCAGUUAUGGGCAGGUGUUAUGGGCAGGUGUCAAGGGCUUGACCACAAUCAAGACUGACUACAGUCUGUAAUGUACACCGACAAAGUGACCUAAAGUAUAGAUGUAUGAUUGUUACAGUGUCCUGGGACUGCACGUAGCUGUUUCCCAUGAAGUGGAACCAUGUGUGUGAUAUUCAUACAUUACAUUUUUUUUCCUUUACAACCCUUUAAUGCACAGUCAAGAAAACGAAAAAUAUUUUCAAAUAUUUGAAUGCCAAGCAUGGAGUAAAAAGGCUUAAUUUACUUGCAAGUUAAAAAAGUUUGAAUUAAAUUAGUGGUUUGUUGUGUUUUCUAGUUAAAGAAAAUGACCACUUCCUGAUCCUUCACCUUAUUUCUGUUCUUCUAGUCAUUAAGGUUCUUUUGGGUUCUUUGGCUUCCUCCAAACUCCAGAGAAACUUUCCGGCAGGUGAAUUGACGAUGCUAAAUUGCCCAAAGGUGGGAUUUAUGUAAACGUCCUGGUCCCGGUGUAGGCUCCAGAUCCACCACAAACCUGACCAACUUUUUGAUAACCAAAGAUGGGUUAAAUUACCAUUCAGCACAUUUUUAACAUCACUUUAAACACUUCCUGAAAGUCCACCAUUAGAUUCUGCUCAUAUACCUUUAGAUGUAGUGUUGCUUUAAUCUAUUUCUUGCAAUGCCUUUAAAAAGAGCUUGAUAUUCAAAUACAUCUACAUGUACACAAGCUGGCCUGGAAAACCCUUCAUGUAGCAAUAUUUUGACAUUUUCUCUCAUGUAUAGUCCUAUAAUUAUAGGCGCUUUUUCUUUUUUCUUUUUUUUUUUUUGUGCACCCAUCUCCAUCACAUCAGGUCUAAGCACCUCAAAAUAAUGUAAAGGGACAACGGUGUGUUUGCAAGAACAUCCUGGUCAUUUUUCCACAGCUGGCAUCUGAUUACAGACAUAGUUUAUUAAUAUUGCUGUACCAUGUAACUAUUCAAGAAAUUCACCAAACUUGAUGUUUCACACACCCCACACACACCCCCGACAAUAUAUAAUAAUUCUGAUAUAAUAACCAUUGACAUCCAAGGAGGUUACACAAACCCUUACACACAUUGGCCAAUAAGGACAUUAAGUACUGCAAAUACAAUAAAGAUGUUCUUCAAUAUAAGAUAUUUUUUUUAUUCCUAACGUUUGUGAUAUUUUCAAGGUUGUCGUUAGCUUCAAUUAGAACUUAAACUCUCCCCCGAUUUCCCGCCGAGGCCUCGAUCCUGGCACCUCUGUGAUUGAAACCACAUAAGCAGUGUUAUUCUGUCAUUUUUAUAUCCGUCAUUAAUCCUAAUAGAAUCGUGAUUUUUUUCAAAUGGUGACUAAUUGUAAUGUACCGAUCAAAAAUUGCUGAAAUUGUUUGUUUUUGUGUAUUAAUACGAUUGUCAUUUUGAUAUUAGCAACACUUUUGUUUUGUUUUUUCCUUUGAUGUUUGUGUGCCUCAGAACUAAAGACCGAUUUCUCCAAACUUAUGAGUGCAAAUGUUUAAAACAUUGUGCUUAUUUCUAUAGAUACGGUUUGCCGUCAUAUCCGUUAUGCAUAUUAGGGCAUGCAGUAUUGAGUAUUUUUCUCACCGUUCCUGUUGACACCAUGUUCACCAAACUACAGUCUUUCAAAAUUUAUACUUGUGAAAAUGACUGUAGACUCGGUCAUCGGUGACAAACGUAACCGUCUGACCAAACGCAGUACGUUAUCGGCUUAAAAGUGCGUACAGUAUACGAAGCUUUUAACUGCAAGUUCCCUGUCGACAAGAAAAGGUUAGAUGAUAAAGUUCACUAAAAGUUUGUACACAUUAUAAUGAUUAAUAUUGUUUACUUAGUGGAAAUGUAGUGGAAAUUAAGCCAUUCUUGCAACUGUCAUUCCAUCGUAAUAAAUGAAAUGAAAAAUCAAA